ACAGUCGGGCAUAUUUGCGGAAUACACCACGCCGCCGUUGACCCUGGCCAUUGACCGAGCAAUCCAACGUUCCUACCAGCUCCCUCCGCAGGAAUGUGUUUCUAGGGUCAAUUAAUUGGGGGUCACAAGACAUCUUGACAACCCUGGACAUUGGCUUUGCUGCUCUGCCCUUUGCUGACAAGGCCAACUUGGGAGACUAUCUUCUGAAUUAUUAUUGACAAAUAUAAGAAAGGGGAAACAUGGCGUUGAGUAAAGGAUUCCGAGUGCUCCAAAAGAAUGAACAGUACCUCUACAGUGUGAUUUUGGAAAGCCGGAACCGUGAAGAAUGCCUUCUUUUUGAAUCUGGAGCCAUUGCGGUGCUGUCUGCUGCUGAAAAAGAGGCGGUAAAAGGACAGUACAACCGCCUUAUGGAUGCAUAUGGAUGUCUUGGCAUGCUGCGCCUCAACAUGGAUGGUAAAGGUGAGGUGAUUCUGCGCUACCUGGUGCUGGUGACGGGCUGCGCAUCAGUGGGCCGCAUCGUUGACUCGGAGGUGAUGCGUAUCACGAGCGUCGAGAUGGUGAGCCUGCAAGGAGACCCGUCGGACGAGGACCGUGUUGCAGACCUGCGCCGCCUGCUUUCCACUGGCACCUUCUACUUCUCCAGCAGCGGCGGCGUAGGCAACACAUACGACCUGAGCGUCAGGGCUCAGUUGCAAGGCCAAGGCGACCCGGCACAACAUAACCCAUUCUGCUGGAACGCGGCGCUGCACGUGCCGUUGCGGCAGUGUGGCGUGGACUGUGGGGCAUGGCUUCUACGGGUCAUGUGCGGCGGCGUGGGUGUGCGCACGCUGUACGCUGCGCACCAGCAGGCCAAGGUGUGCGUGCUAGCGCGGGUGAGUUGUGCCCGCGCUGGCACACGCUUCAAUGUAAGGGGUGCUGAUGACUCCGGGCAGGUUGCAAACUUCUGCGAAACUGAGCAGAUAAUUUUUAUAGAUGAUGAGGUGACUUCCUUUGUCCAACUCCGUGGAUCGGUGCCUCUAUUUUGGGAGCAGCCAGGGCUGCAGGUGGGAUCACAUCGUGUGAAAAUGUCACGGGGUUACGAAGCAAAUGCCCCAGCUUUGGACAGACAUUUUGCAAUGCUGAAGGAGCUAUAUGGCAAGCAGAUGGUGGUUAACCUUCUAGGGAGCAAAGAGGGAGAACACAUGCUAAGCAAGGCUUUUCAGAGCCACAUGCAGGCAUCUCGCCAUGCCAGCGACAUCCCCAUGCUCAACUUUGACUACCACCUGCUACUCAAGGGCAGCAGCCAACGGUCAGAGAGACUCCAAUCUGGGUUGGGAACCAAGGUGCGCCCCUUCCUGGAGCAGUGCGGCUUCUACUGCUUCCAUGAAGGUGUCGUGAGCAGAGUCCAAAAAGGGACCGUGAGAACAAAUUGCUUGGACUGUCUGGAUCGGACAAACUCUGUGCAGACCCAUUUUGCCGUGGAUAUGCUGAAGAGGCAGCUGGAGGACCUGGGCCUGGCUGAGAAGCCCCAGAUGGUUGCUCGUUUUGACGAGGUCUUCCGUUCCCUCUGGUCUGCGGUCGGAGACCUGGUUAGCAAAAUGUAUGCCGGCACAGGCGCACUCGAGGGAAAAACCAAGCUGAAGGACGGCGCACGUUCCGUGACGCGCACCAUCCAGAAUAACUUCUUCGAUGGCGCCAAGCAGGAGGCCAUGGACCUGCUCCUUCUGGGAUGUGUGCUCAACAGUGAGGCGGCUGACAAGGCCCGCACGCUGAUCACGCCCACCACUCGUGGGGCAGAAAACUUCCUGCAAACAGCAUCUGUGCGCUUGCUGCGCUCGUUGUGCGAGCGUCACGGAGAGUACACGCACCCAAAACGGCUGCGCGUGGCAAUCGCCACUUGGAACGUGAACGGGGGAAAAACCACGCGCAGCAUUGCCUUCAAGCACCAGACGCUGUCAGACUGGCUGCUGGACAACCACAAGCAAGCUGCCAUCUCUACGUUUCAAGCAGAUGACACUCCUGUAGAUGUGUUUGCAAUCGGGUUCCAAGAGAUGGUGGAGCUGAAUGCGGGAAACAUCGUGAGUGCCAGUACAGAAAAUCAGAAGCGUUGGUCAGUAGAGCUGCAGAAGACAAUCUCACGUGAUCACAAGUACAUCCUGGUGACCUCCGAGCAGCUGGUUGGGGUUUGCCUCUUCGUCUUCCUGCGCCCUCACCAUGCGCCUCACGUCCGGGAUGUGGCUGUGGACACGGUGAAGACAGGAAUGGGGGGUGCAACUGGGAACAAGGGUGGUGUAGCCAUCCGCCUCCAGAUGUACAGCAGCAGCCUUUGCUUCGUGUGCUCACAUUUCGCCGCCGGACAGUCGCACACACGCGAGCGUAAUGAAGACUAUGCGGAGAUCGCUCGCAAAAUUUCCUUCCCAAUGGGUCGCGGCUUGUUUUCCCAUGACUACGUCUUCUGGUGUGGAGAUUUUAACUACCGGAUCGACCUGUCUGGGGACGAGGUGAAGGAGCUCGUGCGACAGAAGAACUGGGAGACCUUGCAGCAGGCCGAUCAGCUGGUGCAGCAGCGCAACUUGGGCGCGGUAUUCCGUGGGUUCCACGAAGGCCGAACAAACUUUCCACCCACUUACAAGUACGACAUUUUUUCUGACGACUACGACACAAGCGAGAAGUGCCGCAUCCCGGCCUGGACGGACCGCGUGCUGUGGUAUCGCCACAAGUGGGCCUUCGAGAAGAGUGCUGACGAGCUCGACUUAUUAAAUCUACCUGCCGGAGUGGAGCCUCGACUGCCUCACUUGUGGAACCCCGGAGCACUCAUCCACUACAGCCGCGCUGAGCUCAAGACAUCCGAUCACAGGCCCGUGAUCGCUCUGAUUGACGUGGAUUUACUGGAGGUGACCCCAGGCUCCAUGCAGGGGGUGUUGAGGGCAGCAAUCGCUGCCCAUGGACCACCGGAUGCAAGUGCAGUGCUGUCCCUCGACUCUGGCGAGGAGUUUGAUGACGCUUGCAUCGAGCAGCUUCUGAGGAUCUUGGCGGGCUAUGGGGAUGUCACACUUGUCCGAUUUGCAGGUAAUGACAUGGUGGUUACUUUCCGAGACAGUCGAUCCGCUUUAGAAAUUCUCUGCAUCAAUGGCAUACAGGUUCUGCGGCACAUCCUGCACGUGAGGCUGAAGAGCCCAGAGUGGAGCAGCAUGCUGGAGGAGGAGCUGGUGCAGAGCGCCGGUGACAUGCAGGCCACAGGCGCCAUGCUCACGCACAACUCCAUCCUGCUGGAGGAUGACGCCUCUUUGCCCCCGGCAUACUAUGCAAUCGAGGAUGAACAGGAUGAUAUGGCAGACGCAGAGGAAGGUGGGACGCAGGAUCAGCUGACAUCAGGCAUGGCCGUUGACCCAAGUGUCUCUCCCCGUCCAUCUCCAAAACCCUCCCCUUGCCCGUCGCCGACUCACGGUGAGGGCCGAGAUUGGCAGAGCUUUGGGAAACAGACAAGUGAAUCCCUGAGCAAGCCAGCUGGCCCUCCUGCCAAACCUCCACCUCCACAGAGACCUCCACCCCCCAGCGUCAAGAGCCAACCUGCUCCUGGCUCAACCAUUCUGCAGCCCACAUCUGCUCCUCGCUCCCAGGACAUGCCUCGUGUUCCAAGUCGCCCACCCCCCCCACUUCCAGCAACCCCUCCACAACACAGAAGUGCAGCUGUUGCCUCUUCAAGCCCGGAGAUCGCAAAAUCGAGAGCUCCUGUCAACCUACCCGAGCCACUGCUGCCCUCUGCUGCUGCCCCCUCUCCACAAAACUUAUCACAGCCUUCUCCCUCACUACCUGAACCCAUGCUGCCCCAAUUAGUACAUUCUAACCAAAUACAGCAGCUGCUCAUACCCAUGCUGCCAACUCAGACGACUGCCCCUUCCCCAUUGCCUGAGGCCAUGCUGCCUUCCCCAGCUGCUUCGCCUCCUAUGCAGGAGCCCAUGGUGCCCUCUCCUUCCACACAGGCUCAGUUCUUAGACACACAGCCUCCAUCCCCUUCCACACAGGGCCUCUUGCAGGCCACGGCUACCUCCUCCGCCCCUCAGGCUCCACCGAGAACCAGGUCUACGCAGUCCAUUCCACAUGCUGAAGCCCCUGUCCCGCUGAAGCGAUCAAGCAGUGCCAAUUUGCUAACACCCUCCCUCGUGGUGUUCAACAUUGGUGAAGAGUCGGUUGAUCCCAACCGUCAGGUUCCAAUCCCACCUCAACGACAACGAACCCUCCAUGCCAGGCCUUCUCCCAUCUCUGCUGAGCAGCCGUUCAACUCGAAUGUCCUCCCUCCUGUUCCAGCCAGCCGCCAAGUUGCCACAACCAAUCCUUUCAUAAAGCCUUCUAUGUUAGGCCCACUUUCUGCCACCCCGCCAGUCACUGCUGACAACGGUUCAGUUCUAAGUAAUUGCCAUCCUGUACCACCAACCCGUACAGAAUCUCCCUGCCAGCCACUGGACUUCCUCAGUAACCCUCCUUUUGCAAGUAAACCAAUUGUGGCUAACAAUUUGGCGUCCAGAAUUCGUCCACCGGUUCCUGCAGAGCUACCAGUUGUCAUCAAUAGUCGCCCGGAAAUUAGGAGUGGUGUGGCCGCAAAUAACUUAAAUGGUUUGAAGGAGAGUCAAAUGACAUGUCCUCGUUUACAGGCCCCACCUAUUCCUCCACGUAUUGCAGCCACUUUCAGAAUGUCUCCCAACCCCUUUGUAGUACCGGAAGAAGCAUGUUCAGUCACUGCGACUUUAUCGUCAUCGACGUCCCUACCCACACCCGCUUUCCGGACUGUCCAUUCGACUCCUUUGUUAAAUCCAUUUGUGGCGCCAAUUUCGUCGUUACCUCCUUCAUCCUCGUUAUCAUCUAUGCCGCCACUGUCAUCGUCCAUCUCCACAGAGGCCGUCUGGAAUGUCAACCGGGAAGUUGCACCCGCCAGCAUAGCUGCUAGGGACCAGUUGACCGCAACGUCUAACCCCAAGCCAUCGACAUUACCUAAAGGAUGGGUAACUUUCGACGGCUGAUGGGAAUUACUGUGAAGUAGUGUUUUGUGACGUGAUCUGCGUUGGUUUUGAUAUAAGGGGCAGAAUUAACAUGUAUUCAGGGUGGCAGCGUUUGGCUCAGGGAAUGUUCUUCAGUCCAGGUUUCUCAGAUUUAAACCACAUUUCACAUGCCACUUCUUUGUUCUGUCCCUUUAUGGCUGUUAGAGAUGACAUGCAAAAUAUAGUGUACUUGUGUCUAGAGGAAUUUGCCGGUGAGCAAUAUUUUAAUUGUUUGGGCUACUCACUCGGAAAGUGGAUUCACUAUGUAUUUUUUAUUAAAAUGCCAGCAAUGCAACAUUGUUUUUAUAGAUAUCGUUCUGUUAUUUUGCCCCAAAAGUCAUUGUUAUUUGUAAUCAUUUUUAAGUUCUUCAUACAUUAUCUUUUUUUAUCUGGGUUUACACAUAUCCUAGAAUUGUUUUGGUUUUCAUGUUUUACACAUCGCAACAACGAACAAAUGAGAGCCCUGAUCACAGUUUAGGUAGUUGGCAUUGUAGUAAGAUCCCUAUUUGUUGCGAGAGCAGGUGACAAUUAUUUGUUUAAGCACUUUUAAAAAUUGUGCUUGGGCACAGCUAUGUGCAAUUUGUACAAUCGGAAUUUUGACAAGUACAUAACCUGUUUAACAUUCCAUGCCACUUAAAUUUCAACCACUCUGCUGCUAAUUUGGAAUGUGUUGAUAUUUUGUUGAUAAGUUUAGGUUAAAAUAGCGGGCAUGAUCUAAGAGUACUAUUAUUGUGACCUUGUAUCUUAUUUUUUCAUAUGCGUGGAGUAUUUUCUUUUUCUUUUUCAAAUGUUGAGUUUUUAUUACAGCAAAUGGCCGUUACAAAUUUAAGGUUUUCAUUCCUUAAGGGUAUUAUACUCAGUGUUAUCGACGAUGGCCACAUUUUAUGUUGGUCACUACUGCCAUUUAAACAGUAAAAUUUAUUAUUAUGGUUUAUUCUGAGGCUUGGAAUGGAACAUGAAUGACCGCGAAGAUAAGCACAAAUUAUAUAAUAAUUCUAUAUUAUAUAGUAAAUCUAUAUAGCUCCACAGAUCGAGACUUCCACAGAAUUCAAGAAAAGGCAGCUUUCCUUUCUAUAAAUCAAGACGAGGGGAGCUGUCAGAUUUUUUUUGUUCGAAAUGAUGUUCAAAUUUUGCUUAAUAGCGUUAUGUCAUGAGAUUAAGACAUUUCUAUUUGGAUACCUUUUGAAGAAAGAGAUAUACGUCAUCCCAUUUUGGAGAAUGGCCUGAAGAUUAUAUCAACUACUUAUGAGAUACUUUCAGUUGCCUCUUGUCCACGCGAAGGGCACAACAUUUUCUCGCACUACAAAUAUACGUCACAUGACAGUCUAUUUGAUCAUUUUGUCAGUUUCAAAAUCUAGCACGUAACGAAUUAGGUGGCAACAAAGUGUAAUGCGCUAGUUUCUGUGCAGUCAUUUGUGAGUGGAAUUAACAGGAACACGACUUAUGACAACAACCCAGUUUCGUCACGUGGUUGCUUUGAUUUAAAUCCAGGAUCCCAGCAGUUGCUGGCUCAGUGCUGUGACAUGUGGCAUUAAUCCUCUCAGCCAUCCGGCUUCGAAGGGGCUUUUGUCGCCACCUGCAAUAACCAUUUCACGACCCCUUCAUCAGACACAUUUGAUCCGUAGCUAGUACAGUAGUAGUUCCAUGUGUUACCUGCAAGCUUUAAGCAGUCAUGGGGUGCUCACGUGAUAGCUAUCACUGCUGUCAGUGCUACCCGUAAUCAUGAGAUAAUCACGUGCGGCAUUACUGCUGUUAUGAGUGCAGCAUCACUCCGAUGAGGGUAGCAUGGACGUGCAUUACCAUUAAUCUUCCAAAGUGAAAGUUAAUGUAUUAACCACUAACCAUAUCGUCCAAUUAUGUGUCUACCAAAGAAAUACAUUUUGAGUUUAGUUUCCUCUGAGAGUGGAUUUAGGCCUGGCAUGAGAUACCACUAUCACAAUGUUAUCCUAUGACUAAAUAAAUCAGCAAUUGGAGCAUGUAUCGAGUUUACUACUUUCACCGUUAAAUUAUUUCCAUGGACUCGUGCGUGUGCUUACUAUGGAGCUGAUAUGCCAGAUUGUGUUAUGCUACAGCUGAGCCCACAUGUCUUGAAAUUUCAAACAACACGUGCUAUAUAUCCCGUGUGUGUAUUGCUGAGCACUGCUGAAGAAUAUUUCAACAAUGAUAUAUGUGUGUGUGUGCAUAUAUAUGGGCAGUGGUAGUGUAGCGGUUAGCACGCUGAACUAUGCACUCAGCAACCCGAGAUCGAUUCCUGGUCACGACCCACAGUGGCCAUUAUCUGAACCGGUCCUGGGCCUCCCCUAGGUAGAUUCAGCCUGAAAUAACUACCUGGUGUAAGCACCGCUACUGGGAAGACAAAGGCGGCUAGGCGUGGUGCUGGCCACCCACCCGCUUGUCUGCUGUGCCGGCCUUCAUAGUUGCUCACUAACACACUAACAGCACAUACCCCAACAGUCUGUUAUGGCUAUACAGGGGGUCUUUGUCCUUAUACACAGAAUAUUAUACAUCUGGCGCGAGAUUCUUGACUUGAUGCUGAAAAAUGUUUUACGUUGAAUUGGCAUAGCUACGUGCGAAAAUGGAAAUGGAAACUAAGUUUUUACGGUCAUUGAAUACAGCCAAGCAUUUUCAAAAUAAUGCUUUCCAAUCAGGAUGUGGCCCUUCUGAUGUAUUCUGCUUAAUGCUGCUGGUUGUGAUUGUUGUGCGUUUUUUUUUAUUCAGCGGAGGCUACAGCCCAGCUGAGUUUUGUGCGCUGAGUGUUUCGCAAAGAUAACAAAUAUAACUGCUCAUGCUGUAAUGUGUUAAAAAUGUCAGUGAUCAGCUUAAAAAAUGGUGACAUUUAAUGGAAAAAAAUUGUAAAACUCGAGAAAAUUAUUUAUGGAGCGUCUUCAGCGAAAUGCAUUAUUUGUUGUAGCUGGACUUGGUUAUUCUAUGGUAAACGUUGGUUCUUUACUUUUUGCAUAAUGAUGAUGUGCGUAGGAAUCAAGUCAUUGUUCACGUUUUAUUCUAGUCAUGAGCUUCAGUGCAUAUGUCAGAUUAUGUUGUGAACUAAUUGCAAUGUGUGUAAAACAGGUAAUAAAUUGCCGUAUAAUGUAAGUAUUUGUGAAGUAAGGCCUUUUUGUUUUUUCCAGUUUCAGACUUUAUUGAAAGUGUGGCACACAGACAUGCAGUAAAAAUGUAUAUUUAUACGAUAUACAUUUUUGAAAUAUCUUUCAUGUCAUUCCAAAUCAAUAUGCAAAAUUCUUGCAUGUUAGGCAAAUCCCAUAACUAGCUGCUUCAUAUCUGCUUACAAUGAAAAUAAUAUACCGGCUGUAAAACACUCAUUUUAGCCAAUACAA